GAGACAUCGUUGCAAGUGAUACUGUGGAGGACAGCUGAUGAAUAAGACAUCCUGUGGCUAUUGGGUGUUAAGGUAUUCCUGAUUUCUCUCAGCAGCUUGCUGACGAUUCAUCCCUCCCCAUCCAAGGCUGUAACUGACCUGCCAUCACACACACACACACGCGGUUGAAGUGCAGGCUCCCGGGAAGUGGGCUGAUGUUGUGUGGGAUCCAGACAUGCGGCCGGAAGGCGCUGACCCUGCUGAGCAGUGUGUUUGCGGUGUGUGGGCUGGGGCUGCUGGGUGUGGCUGUCAGCACCGAUUACUGGCUGUACCUGGAGGAGGGCACCAUCUCCCCCCAGAACAUGACGGCCAACAUCCGGAUGUCCCUGCACUCCGGCCUCUGGAGGGUCUGCUUCCUGACAGGGAAGGAGCAUGGCCGCUGUUUCACCAUUGAGUACAUCAUGCCCUCCAGUGUCCAACUGACAUCCGAAUCCACCAUCAGCGUUUUAAAAAUGAUCCGCUCGGCAACCCCCUUCCCGCUGGUCAGUCUGUUCUUCAUGUUCAUUGGCUUCGUGCUGAACAACAUCGGACACAUCCGGCCUCACCAGACAAUCCUGGCCUUCGUUUCUGGAAUUUUCUUCAUCUUGUCCGGCCUGUCUCUGGUGGUGGGGCUGGUACUGUACAUAUCUAACAUUAACGACGAGAUCCUGAGCAGAACCAAGGAGGUGGACGGCUAUUUUCACUACCAGUACGGAUGGUCUUUUGCCUUCUCGGCCAUAUCAUUCCUGCUGACAGAGAGCGCUGGCGUGAUGUCCGUGUACCUCUUCAUGAAGAGAUACACGGCGGAGGAGAUCUACCGCCCGCACCCCAACUUUUACAGACCCCGACUCAGCAACUGCUCCGACUACUCCGGGCAGUUCCUGCACCCGGAGGGCUGGCCGCGGGGACGAAGCCCCUCAGACAUUUCCAGCGAAGCUUCACUGCAGAUGAACACCAGCUACCCGGCCCUCCUCAAAUGCCCAGAUUACAACAUCAUCUCCUCCUCACCCUGCUGAGCUCACUUCCCCCAGCCUCUGUACGCACUACAUC